ACAAGCUCGCUUUGAGCUCUGGCCAGAUUUUCGGUGUGGACUACUGGAGUUGAGAUUUUUGGAGGCAGUGAGAGUGGGACGCAUUUUUUGGAGGGGGAUAGAGUGAGAAGCCACGUUUGGGAAAGUUUAAUUUACACAUCGCUGGAAAAUACACCAGGUUGACGUGUCACCAUGACAACAGAAGCGGGGACUGAGACAGAGGUGAAGGAGAAAUCGGAGGAAUCAGCUGCUCAGCCCGACCAAUCAGAGAAGGCUACAGAGGAAAACCAGGAAGUAGCAAGUGCUGAGAACGUGGCGACAGAAGGAGAGGAGAAGAAGGAGAAGGAUAAAGAGGGGAAGGGAAUCUCUCGAUUCCUACCGCCAUGGCUUAAGAAGCAGAAGUCUCAAAGCCAGGUUCCAGGCAAAGAGACCUCCCCCACCAAGGAAGCCCCACGCACACAGGAAGCAGUUGCCAAGGUGACAGAGGAAGAGGAGGGGCCUGCACCAGCAGUGAACGGUCACCCAGAGGAAGUGGAAGAGAAGGAGGAAGUUAAGUUGGAGCAAAAGAGAGAAUCUCCGUCAAAGGCCAGUGCUGACACCCAGCCUGCCAAAGAGGAGAAGGUAGAGGAAAGCGCAGAGAAAGCACCUGAAGAGGCCAAGUCGACAGCAGAGGGAGAAGGAGCAGAGGAGGAGAAGAAGGAGCAGAAAGGAGAGGUGGAGGGUGAAGGAGAGGGAGAAACCCUCACCUCCAUCUUUCAGUCUCCUCUUCGUCUGGUGAGGAAGGCCAAGAUGAAGUUAGUUGUGUGUCACGUGACCCUCUUGGAUGGGACCGAAUUCCCCUGUGAGGUGGAGAAACGUGCUAAGGGUCAGUACUUAUUCUUUAAGGUGUGUGAGCACCUCAAUUUACUGGAAAAAGACUAUUUUGGGCUGACCUACAAGGACAACCAUGAACAGAGGUGCUGGCUGGAUCCCACUAAGGAAAUCAAAAGACAGAUACGCAGUAACAACUGGCAGUUUGCAUUCAACGUCAAGUUCUACCCUCCUGACCCCUCACUGCUUACCGAGGACAUUACCAGGUACCUGUUAUGUCUCCAGCUCCGUGAAGAUGUGGCAUCAGGUCGACUGCCCUGCUCGUUUGUCACUCACGCUCUGCUGGGGUCAUACACGCUGCAGGCAGAGCUUGGUGACUAUGAGCCUGAACAACCUCGGCCACUGGACUACAUAAGUCAGCUGACGUUUGCACCCAAUCAGAACAAAGAGAUGGAGGAGAAGAUCCUUGAGCUCUACAUGUCCCACAGGGGAAUGACACCAGCACAGGCUGACUCCCAGUUUUUAGAAAAUGCCAAGAAGCUUUCGAUGUAUGGAGUGGACCUGCACCAUGCUAAGGAUUCUGAAGGUGUGGACAUCAUGCUAGGUGUGUGUGCCAACGGCCUGUUGGUCUACAAAGACAGACUUCGGAUUAAUCGUUUUGCCUGGCCCAAAAUACUCAAGAUUUCAUACAAGAGGAACAACUUCUAUAUCAAGAUCAGACCAGGAGAGGCGGAGCAGUUUGAGAGCACGGUCGGAUUUAAGCUCCCCAAUCACCGGUCUGCCAAAAGGCUGUGGAAAGUUUGUGUGGAGAAUCACAGUUUCUUCAGGUUAAACACACCAGAACCUCCUACCAAGGCCCGCUUCUUGACUUUGGGCUCCAAGUUCCGCUACAGCGGACGAACCCAGACCCAGACCCGCCAGGCCAGUUCACUCAUAGACCGACCUGCACCUACCUUUGAACGUACAUCAUCGAAACGCAUCAGCCGCAGUCUGGAUGGAGCACCAGUGAUUAGCAUAACUGAGGCUGGCAGGGACCUGGCCUCCUCUGCUGAGAAUGGACGCGAGCCCAACCUGGAGCUGCCAUCUGACUCUAAGGUUCAGGAGGUGGAGUUAAGCCUUGGUGAUGUGGAGGCCACGCCCACACAGUCCCAUGGACCCACCGAGCCUGUCCUGUCUCAGAGUCCAUUGAGAGUGCAUGGGGACAAUAUUUAUGUGAGACACAGUAAUUUAAUGUUGGAGGACCAUGAUAAGACCCAGGAAGAGGUCCUGAAACACCAGGCUAGCAUUAGCCAGCUAAAACGCUCCUUUAUGGAGGCGCCACCUCCCUCUCCUCCUCAGCCCAACCAGUGGGAGAAGCGUCUCACCUCCUCUCCCGCUACGACGCUACGUAUUCAGCAGCAACAGCAACAAGUGGUGAGUGUGGCCCAAACGGAAGCAGCUGCUGCCGAUAAUACGAACUCUGAUACCAAAGAACCUGGAAAGACGACUGAAGUUGAAAUCGAAGAAACCGUUGUCAUCCAAGAGGUUUCCAAGGCAACCAAACCCGGACAUGUCACAGUUACCAUGGCCCCCCCUGUCACCCCACCUGUUCAGCAGGAGGUGAGGGAGCAGGAGGUGAAGGCUGCAGAGGAGGCAGUGGCACUGGAGGAAGCAAAGGCAGGCAAGCAAGAGAGCAUUUCCUCAGAAAGUGAAAGUGAGGAAGAAGCAGAGUACCAUCCAAAUGUCGCUGCAUCCAUUUCUCACACACAAAUUCCAGAAGAGAAGGAGGAGGAGAUAGAAGAAGAGAAGAGAGAAGAGGAUAUGAAGGUGGAGAACUCCUACUCAACCCCAGACGCUGCUUCCCUUCCCACUGUAGCCAGCCAGUCUGCAGAGGCAGCUGCUGCAGAAGCAGAGGAGUCCAGGAGAGAGGAGGAGAGAGGGAAAAAGGAACGCGCAGAGGAGGAGGAGAGAGCAGAAGAGAGAGAGACAGAGGAAAGCACAGAAGAUCCAAUGGUGACACCUGACGAAACCCCCAAUGGCCACACCCUCUCUGAGGAGGGAACAGCUGCGUUGGUUGCUUUGGCAGAGGAAGAGAAGGAGCCAAAAAUGAAUGGAGAAACCUCGUUGGCUGAGGCAGAACCACGCCCACAGGUUAUUUGUUGCUCUGAGCCACCAGUGGUAAAAACGGAGAUGGUAACCAUAUCAGACACGUUUGCAGCCCAGAAAACUGAGAUAGCAACAAAAGAAGUGCCCAUCGUCCAUACGGAAACCAAGACCAUCACAUACGAAGCUGCACAGCUGGAUGGUAGUGCGGACGGUGAACCUGGCGUUUUAAUGACUGCUCAGACAAUCACCUCUGAAUCUCUGUGUACAACUACAACCACACACAUUACCAAGACGUUAAAGGGUGGCCUAUCAGAGACAAGGAUUGAGAAACGCAUCGUCAUUACCGGAGACGCUGACAUUGACCACGAUCAGGCAUUGGCCCAGGCCAUUAAGGAGGCAAAAGAGCAACACCCUGACAUGUCUGUCACCAGAGUGGUGGUUCAUAAAGAAACUGAGCUGGCUGAGGAGGAGGAUUGACUGAACUCAGAGCUGAAGGGCCCAUCGUGAUGGCUUUCUUUGUUGACGCUGAACGACCUUCAUCACCCUACGACAACCAUACUUGACUGACUGAGGAGGAGAAGAGGAGGGAAGACAGGAGCAUCAGAAGAGAGGAGGAAAGGAUGGAAGAGUAUAAGUCAACGAGAGGAGGGAGAGAGGCCGUCUCUUCCCAGUCAGUCCUCUUCAUGCAUCAGUGGUGCAUCUAAACCCCUCACUCCAAAAUGAAGAAAAAAAAAACAUGUCCUCACUCUUUCUGAAGGAAAAAAGAACCACUUUGUUAGCUUAACAUUUGUAGCGUGUUUUCAUUUUUUUUUUUACUAGUGCUUUUUCUUUCGUUGUUUGUUUUGCAAAAGAAAAAAGAAAAAAAAAAUAGAAGAUAGUGUAUCUGUCCUUUAUUGCUAUGAUUAAACUUGUAGGGAUGCACUGAUACAUUCCUGGUAUGAGAUGGGAUAGGGUGUACUGCUACCCAGUUUUAUUGUAUUGAUUUUGUUUUUUCACCUAUACUAAAAUCCAGUACCAGCAAAUUAUCUUGAUGUUUGACAUCAGACUAAUGUUGUUCUGUUCCGUAUUGUCUAGUAGACAUAACGUGACAUAACAUUGGUAUUUGAUAUUGAACAGUGCUUGAAGUCUAGUAUUUGGAAUCUGUAUCAGUGGUGAAAGGUGAUAUCUGUGCAUCCUUAACAAAAAAAAAAAAAAAAAAAAACAGCAGUCCUUAGAAUUCCAGCUCCCUUCCUUACUUAAUAUGGUGUAAGUAGACUGUGUCAAAAUCUAACGCAAUAUUGACAAAUUAUUGUUUUGCAGAAACAAUAAGCAAGAAAGAAACAAGGACACUCACAGUGGUUUUGGGCAUUUGGAUUGACCUCCUUUUUGAAGAUGUGACCAAAUCCAACAACCUGACUAGUAAGAAAACAGUCCUGGUCACAUGAAUCACAGGGAGAACCAGUUGUGUCAAAUUCAAAUGUUAAAACAUUUUGUUAUUUUGUAUUUACACUGUAAUUACAGAAAUAAGGGAGCUGUCGUUAAAGGACUGCUGGAAAACCAAUCAACCAGGUUUUUGAGAAUUUGUUUUUUUAAAAUAGUUCUUAUUCAUCCACAUUCCUUGUGUGUUUACUAGCAGCUGGAAAGAAUUCAUUUUCAGUUCACAUUUUAACUCUAAAAGAAAUUUUUACCCAUUUGAAAAAAGAAUCCUUGAUCAAGCCAAUGAAGUUGAUAUUAAUUUACAAAUACAAUUAAUUGAUUAUUUAUUUGUCAGCGACUGCUCCAUCGUUGGUGUCAGGAUUAAAGAGUUUUAAUUUACUUUUAGAAUUCUUUUGUACUAUAACAAAACCAUUUGAACUAAAAAUGAAUCGACUUCAGAGCUGGUGUAUACAACUUUCUGUACAGUCAAGCUGAAAGUUAUUUGUUAAUGGGAGCAAUAGACAGCAUUUCAUUGGUCAAGCGCUUUCCCUGGGCCCACCCACUGUACGACACUAACCAUUCCUGUUGGGCCACAGGGAAAGCAAGGGAGCAGUAAGCAUUUUUUUUUUUUUUUUUUUUAAUUUCAAUUGGGAGAGAGGACCAGUAAACUGGUGGGUGACUGGGAGAUAGAGAUGGCGCUGUUUGGUUGAUCCACAGUACCAGUGACACACUCUACUCAGGAGUGGAAAAAGAAAUUGAGGUUUCACACUAUGGCAAGGGGCUGCUUCACAUGUUACUUUUCACCUGUACUGAAUUAAAACGGUUGAAUUUUUACAAAAAUGACAUUUGCGCUACAGUAUCAUUUUGAUUUUCCCACCAAAACACCAAUAGGACUAGGGCAAUUUUUGUAAUUUAGUGCUUUUGUCAUUAAAACUAUUCAGCUAUGGUUUUAUGCUUAAACCUUCACUGGAACCAAAACUGGAGCUGAAAUGGAGACAGGGGAGGCAAAUCUAAAUGACUGCAAAACACUCAUGAAAUCGGUCUGGAGUCUGGACCCUUCAUGAAAAUUUCUCACUUCUGCCUUUCUGCCGCCCCUCUGCAUCAGAGCCUGUGUGUCAUCAUAGUUCACUAUCUGAUUUCACUUCCAGCUUCAUACCAGAUCAGCUAAAUGAGCAGAACCACAAACCCUGCUAGGUACCAGACUGUCUGGGCUUGAAUUUAGCACGUCUUCAUCACUCCCAACUAUCUUGGGGUUCAAUCUGUUAUAUCGACCUGCAGCACUACCUUGCAGGAAUCUCUUGAGCAAGUCCAGAUAGAUGGCCACUGUGUUGAUUGGUUUGAGUGUGUGUAGGUAAAAAGGCUAUCUGGGCUCAUCUUAGUACAGUAUGUCAAGAUUCAUAUUUGACCUGACGCUGGCUGUGUUGUAACUGUUUCACUGCAGCCGAGUACUCUGCAACAGUUGUGUCAUUUCAUGUGUUUUUGGCCUGUUUAAAUGUGAAAAACAACAUGGUAAACUUCACUCUCCAACAAAGGCACAGCACUCUGAAACUGUUCAAUCAAGCUAUAUUCCGAACCGUUUUCACCGCAGCAAAACUGAAAUGAACUUUGCAACAGUUACAGCAUGACAGUAAAAACACAACCUAAAGGGAAGUGUAUCUAAGAGGGUUUGAAGUGCUCUUGAAAGCCCCAAAUGGAAUCUGUUGGCGUUUUAUUCAUUUUCUGUCUCCUAUAUCGCUGAAAAUGGUACGGUUUAAAAAAAAAAAAAAAAAAAAAAAAGUUUAAAAAAAUGGUCUUGUGUAAGUGAAUGUGGCAUUAAAUUUGUUAGAUUAAGGGGAAUUUACUUGGUCUAAUGUAUUUAGUUGACACAGAUUUUUUUUUUUUUUAAUCGUUAGCAGCCAAAAAAAAAAAAAAAGAAAAAGGAAAAAAAAAAGUAAACACAUUCCACGGAAUUCAACUGAUUCUUAGCAAAAAAGUGCCACAGAUAAAUGUAUAAAUAGGUCCGUUUGGGCCUGCCGAAAUUUGUCAGCACCCUCUUGUCUGGCUGGACCAUGUUAGAAAGUAGAGAUCAUAGCAUUUUGAAUUGGAGUAAAGAACAGAUUUUUUUUUUUUUUUUUUUAACUUGGUGCACAUUUCCCACAUAACACUGCUAUUCACUCUUAGUAAUCUACUGUCAAAAAUUCUUAAAUUUAAGGCCAUUUCUUAAUAACUUGAUAUAUGUAAUAGCUAUGGACUGAUAAUACUUAUUUCUCUGAAUAUUUCCUCCAAUUUGAAAUGUUAUUGUCUGGACUUUGGCCUCUCCAGACGGGUCAGGGUUUCUGUCUGUCACAGGCUUUCUAUUGGGAAACACUGGUCUGACCUCUACUAUGCAGUUAUGUGACAUUCCAGAGGGGGGAGCACUCACGUGUAAACCCCCCCUUUACAAAGAGACAAAAGAAAAGUAACGGAAAACAAACAAAACCGUGCAACACUAGGCAGCUUGGGAGCUUUCGCUGUUCCAAAAACUCUUUCCAAAAGCAUCGGUUAUAUCACAAAAAAAGAACCUAUAUUUGUAGAGAUGUUUUCUUUUGUUUUGUCUUUUUUUUUCAGUCUUACAAACUUUAUUUGUUGUCCUUUCUCUGUGAAACUGAACUAGUUGUUGAAAGGUGGGAUUUGUUGUGCCCCCUCUUGGAUAUUUUUAAUAUAUUUCAGAGUGUUUUUUUUUUUUGUUUUUUUUUUUGACAACUUAAGAAAAAGGAACACCACUAUGAAUCAAAUUUCUGCCACCGUUUCCUGUUUGUACUUGUAGCCUCAGGCGUUACCUCUGUCACGGGGCUUCAGCUCUGGUUGAAGCAGUCACAGGAGCUUUGGGGCCCUGAGGGCAGGUGAUUCAAAAUAUUAGUGGCUUUUUUCUCUCUCUCUCUCUAAAUCAUCUUGAGGUUUCUAUCACAACCUCAAGAAAACUUUUACUGAAGUUAAAGACGACUCUUAAGAAAUGAAAGAUAAAACAGAGCCAUGCGUAGACACACUGACUGGUUGCCCGCUCAGCUCCAUGAUGUUGCUCCAUGGAUAAGUAACUGAUGAUUCUAUGCCAGCUGAUUAUAAAAAUGUCAGGGAUCUCAACUUGAUGACAUUAUGGAGAGCACUGUUAAAUAUUUGUAGCCAACACUUCUUAUUUAUAGAAGGGGGUAACACCAUGGUGCCCUUAACGUAUUCAGCUGCUACUCCUUUCACAACCAUGUCACGCUCUCUCUAUCUAUGGCUCUGGCUUUAGAGGAAGUAGUAAAAAAUUUUAAAAAGCGAAUGGUAAUCGAAAUAGUUAUGUUCUUACAUUUGUUUCUUGCAGUUCUAUCUUAAGCUUUGUACCACAGUACGCCUGGACGAGACAGUGUAAUUUAAUUUUAUAAUUUAUACAUAUUCUGUGCACAUCGUACGACUAACUUCAACAAAACAACUCUGUACAAACGGAAUUUGGGAAACUAACCACCCUCAUUGGCUAAUAUGGGAAGCUCUGGCCAAUCGGCUCCAGAGUGGCCCGGUAGCAGCCUGCCCCAGGGUUUCCUCAGUCUGCCAAUGAUCACCAGUAGGUGUUUUCUAUCUAGCUUCUUAAUUGUGUCGUGUGCCCCACCCCCACUCCCCACACACACAGCCACUCCUUCCCUGUGUAACACUGUUUAAAUAAAGGAUUGUUAUACUCUGAAA